AUGAAACCAACUCAUUCACCCUCUACCCACCAACCAAAUAAUGAAUUAAUAGAAUCCCCACCACACCCACCCAUACCAAUAAUACCAUCAUCCUCAGAAAAUUCGCCAUCCUCAUCUUUACCUACUUCACCAUCGUCGACACACAAUAAAACUCCAAUUACAUUAUUACCAACUACCAAUAAUUGGAAAGCAUCAAUACCUAAAAAGAAAUUUGAAAAUGUACAACACUCACAAAUAUUAAACCAACCUAAUAAUUUAUCGACAUCUUCAUCAUCAUCAUCAUCAUCAUCAUCGUCAUCAUCAUCAAAUUUAUUACAACAACCCUUAUUAUCACCAGCUCGGAAAAUACCUUUAAAUAAAAGUUCAGACAUGAGUUUACCAACAAACCAAAAUAGUUCACCAAAUAGUCCACAAACACCACCAUUAUCGCCACAAUUAUCAUUAACACCACUUUCUUUAGUUAAUGAUAAUGUUGUAAAUAGUAAUAAUAAUAAUAAUAAUAAUAAUAAAAAUAAUAAUAAUAAUAUUAAUAAUAAUAAUAAUCACCUUGUAAAUAAUAAAGAAAAACCAAAAUUAAAAAGAGAAAAUUCAAUUCAAAAAAAUGUACAAUCACCACCACAACAAAUAAAUACCUUAAAUUCAGAAGAUGAAAUUUUAAUUAAAGUUUGGUUACCAAUGGAAUAUACAGGUCAGUUAUAUAAGGUUAGAAAGUUUAGUGGAGGCAGCUCAACACUCAAGGUUUCAAGUAUUUUAAAUUCACAAUUAGCGCCAAUCUACCAAUCCCCAAAAAAUAAAUUGUUUUUAAAUAAUGAAGAAAAACCAUUACCAAGCCAUUUAACUUUAAAAGAUUUAUCAUUAACAAAAUAUGAUAUUUUAUAUUUAAGAAGAGAGCCAGAGUAUGAAUUAAUUAUCCCAUCACAUCCACAAUGUGGAUCAUUAAUAUUGGAUAAAGAUAUUAAAGUUGGUGAAAUGCUUUUAAAAAUUGAACUAUGGUUAAAAGAUAUUUUAGAGUCAACUAGUAAUGGCCAACCCCAAUCACAACCAAUACCUCUUCAUCCAGUAGAUAGACAAGAGUAUUUCACAUCACUAGAAGAGCAACAUUUAAUGAAUGGUCAUAAUGAGGUAAAUUCACACUACAAUCUAUUAAAAAAACUUUCAGUACCAACAGCAAACACAAGAUUAACUGGAAAAUUAUCAAGAGGUUAUUAUUUAAGACUUUAUGAUCAAAAACAAAUCUCAAAUUAUGGUAUUAAAAUUAAAGAUACAUUAAUUUUUAAAAAGAAGGUUUUAAAUAGGGGUUUGGCAAUUGAUGAUGCGGAGGGCGGUAUUGAAAUAUCGGUCCUAUAUUCACCUUUAUCAAUGGUUGCAACAAUUUCAGAUUCAGAUUUUGAAAAGGAAAUUAAGGAUAGAGAAAAAGAAAAAGAAUAUUUAUCAUCAAAUACACCAUUAAAUAAUAAUAACAAUAGUAAUAAUAAUAACAACAAUAGUAAUAAUAAUUCAACAUCAGAUAUUUUAUUACCCAAUCUAAUUAAAAUCGAAAAUCAUAAUUCACAAUUAUUAAAUGAAAUUAAAAGUGAAAAGAAAAAAAGAAAGAGUAAAAGGACACCAUCAAGUGUUGGGUUACCUUUUAAUAUUGUACAUAAAACUCAUGUAGAUUUCGAAUAUAAAUGGUCUGGUGCAUCUGUUGAAGAUACCUUUGAAUUUAAAGAGAAAUUAGGUCAAGGUGGUUAUGGUGCUGUUUUUAAAGUUUUACAUAAAGAAACUGGUUUUCCAAUGGCAAUUAAAGUUUUAUCGAUCACACCAACAAGAAUCAAAGAUAUUGAAAAGGAAAUUGAUUUAUUAAAAAAGUGCCGUUGUCCAAAUGUUUUAUCUUAUUAUGGAAGUAUUAGUUCGAAAUUAACAGAGCUUUGGAUUCUUAUGGAUUAUUGUGCUGUUGGAUCAAUUAAAGAUAUGAUGAAAACAUGUUGCGAUACUUUAGAUGAAGAUCAAAUAGCUGUUGUAACUUUAAGUGUUUUAAAUGGUUUGGGUUAUCUUCACUCGAAAGGAAUAGUACAUUUGGAUGUUAAAGGUGCAAAUAUUUUAUUAACUGAAAAUGGUGAUGUAAAAUUAGCAGAUUUUGGUGUUAGCCAACAAUUACAAACACCAUAUGGCCAAGCUAAUAUUUUAAUUGGUAGUCCAUUAUACAUGGCACCAGAAGUUAUUCAAAAAGCACCAUACAACUUUAAAGCAGAUAUUUGGUCAUUAGGUAUUACUUUAAUAGAGUUGGCAGAGGGUAGACCCCCAAAUAGAGGUUUGAAAUCUAUGAACCAAUUAGUCGACAUACCCAAUAUGCCACCCCCAAAGCUAUCAAAUCCAAAAGAUUGGACCCCAUGUUUCAAUGAUUUUAUAGCAAAGUGUUUAACAAAAGAUCCUGAACAGAGACCUUCAGUUGUAGAGCUAUUAUCACACGAUUUCAUUAAAAAUUCAAAAACUCCAGAUGUAUUAUCAAACUUAAUUAAACAAACUUUAUCUUCAAGAGUGGAUAACCAAAGUUAA